AUGCUGCGACACUCAAGUUGUUCAUAUGAGGUUAGCCAGCAAGCUAACCUGUUAAUCGUUAUAUUUUGUAUAUGCAGCGGUUCAAUCUAGACGGAUUCCUCGUCUAAAAGAGGCCGCAGGAUGGCUGACACGGAGAGGGACGCUGCGAAUGCGAAACUCGGCAGCAAGAACAAGGAGACUGAGAAGAAGAAGAGGUCCCGUGUUAAACAGCUGCUGGUUGACGUGAAGAGGCAGGUGGACUUCUGGUUUGGAGACGUCAACCUCCAUAAGGACCGUUUUCUUAAAAAAAUCAUCGAUGAGUCAGAUGAUGGAUAUGUUGAUAUAUGUAUGUUGGCAAGCUUCAAUCGGAUGAAGACGCUGACCAGUGACACCAAGCUGAUUGCCAGAGCGCUGAAAACUUCUUCUGUCGUUGAGGUUAACCUCAAGGGAGAUAAAGUCAGACGUCAGUUUCCGAUUGGAGACGUACCAAAUGAUGUCGACGAACGCACAGUCUAUGUGGAACUCUUGCCCAAAGAUGUGACUCACAGCUGGAUAGAGAGAGUGUUCACGACAUGCGGCAAUGUGGUUUAUGUCAGCGUCCCGAGAUACAAGAGCUCUAACGACGCCAAGGGCUUUGCCUUCGUAGAGUUUGAGACGUUGGAACAGGCACAGAAAGCCAUAGAGAUGCUGCACAAUCCCCCUGAAAAUGCUGUGAGGAGGCCGGGGAUUUUCCCUAAGUGGAAAAAUAAGAAGUCGGUCCCUCUGCCAGCCGACAUACCACCAUCAGGUGAGGAAGACGAGAAGAAAAAGAGAAAGAGAAAGAGAAAGAAGGAAGGUGCCUCUCUUGCUGAAGACUCCAGAGAGCAAGACAGGGACGCAGGGCCGCCGGAGCUAAAGAGGAAACGCCUGGAAGAGGGGGAUUCUGAAUCGGACGUCGCCGCCACUCUGAAGACACCGGAAAAACUGUCGGAUACAAAAAAACGACGGUGCCAGACGGCAGAGGAAUCCGCUGGUGACAUGCCGUCUAAGAUGAGGAGGACGAGUGAAAGUGAAGCUGGAGAGAAGGAGAUGGAUUUAGCUAAGCCUAAUACUCCCACUAAAAGUGACACGGAGGGAGGUGUUGAAGAAGGGAAAGAAAACCGAGACGAUUCAGCAGUUAAAGCGAAGAGGAAGAGAAAUAAGAAACACAGGGAAAAGCUGAAAAUAGGGGAAGAAGUCAUCCCGCUCCGGGUUCUGUCCAAGAAAGAGUGGCUUGAGUUGAAGGACGAGUAUCUGGCCUUGCAGAAGUGCAGCAUGACGUCCUUGAAGAAGUGCAUCAAUAGGAUCGAUCACAAGGAGCACGCGAGUCCACAGGAGAAAACCAACGACCCUCAAGACGGUAACGUUGUGAAGGGUGAGAAGAGUGAGAAGAGUGAGAAGAGAGAGAAGGAGAUUAACCAAGGCCCUCAGUUUACCAGCGGCGUCAUCAUGAAGAUCACGGACAACAAGCCGCUGCCAGGGAGGAAGUUCAUCAAGGAUGCUCUGAGCAAAAUAUCCCAGGUAGCUUACAUUGACACCUUGGACGGCGACACCGAGGGUUUCAUCCGCUUCCACACCCCGGAGGAUGCUAAGACCGUCAGUGAGGCGAGAGCAGAGCUCCAGAAAGAGCACAGCUGGAAGGUCGAGAUUCUCGCAGGGGACCAUGAACAACGGUACUGGCAGAAGAUCCUCGUGGACCGCCAAGUCAAGCUCAAUCGUCCGAGGGAAAAGAAGAGGGGCACAGAGAAGCUCAUAUCCAAAGCCGAAAAAAUCAUCCUCGCCCGGGCCAAGGAGGCCUAUAAGCACAUCCGUUUCCAAGAAGACUGACAGCUGCCGACGCCGCCUUAGACGACCGUACAUGUUUAGCCAUGUGGACUUUACGUCAUGUGAUGUGAAGCGGACACUCUAUGUUAAUGCACACCGGACCGGAUGGGAAACCUGAACACACGUAACCAGUUAUAAAUGUCCCCUUAUCUUCUGUUUGCACUGGAGUUUAGCAAACUUUUUUCUUCUUUUAAUUGUUUUUACUGAAAGCGUCUGUGUACGAUGUAGAUAUGACUGUUUUAAAGGUUCUCCCAGUAAAGAUGUAUCCAAUCAAUGCAUUUCCUUUUGAGGAUAUUUUCGUUUUUUAAUAAAAAAUAUAAUUCUUUGAA